CGCAGGCGUAAACUUAGUUGCGCGCAGGUUCCAUCUUUCUCUCCUAGUUCGCAUAUCGUCUCACGUACGCAACUUCGAAACGAAGUCACACAGUUUUUUGCACUUGUGUCUUAUAACAUAAAAUAUCGAUUAUGGCCCCACCAUCAUAUAAUGAUUUAGGCAAAAGUGCUCGAGAUUUAUUUUCCAGUGGAUAUCAUUUUGGUCUAAUUAAAUUAGAUGUAAAAACCAAAACAAAAUCAGGUGUAGAAUUUUCUAGUGGUGGAGUAUCUAAUCAAGAUACUGGAAAAGUAUUUGGUUCUUUAGAAACUAAGUACAAUAUUGAUGAUUAUGGAUUAAAAUUUAGUGAAAAAUGGAAUACUGAUAAUACCCUUGCUACUGAUAUUACUUUUGCUGAUAAAUUGCUCAAAGGUCUUACUCUUGGUUAUGGCUGUACUUUUUCUCCACAAACUGGGACAAAAACUGGAAAAUUAAAGACAGCUUAUAAACAUGAUAAUGUAUCUGCAGCUGCUGAUUUUGAUCUUAGUCUUUCUACUGGUCCUUUGGUAAAUGCAUCAACUGUUGUAGGAUAUCAAGGUUGGCUAGCUGGUUAUCAGGCCUGUUUUGAUACGCAAAGAAACAAACUUACAAAGAAUAAUUUUGCACUUGGAUAUACUGCUUCAGACUUUACUCUUCAUGCAGCAGUGAAUAAUGGCUGUGACUUUAGUGGCCUCAUUUAUCAUAAAGUAAAACCAGAAUUAGAAGGUGCAAUUAAUUUGGAAUGGAAUUCAAGUAAUAAUGUAACACAAUUUGGAAUUGCUACAAAAUAUAAUCUUGAUAACGAUGCAUCUAUUAGAGCUAAAGUUAAUUCUAAUCUUCAAGUUGGUUUGGGAUAUCAACAAAAAUUACGUGAUGGUGUAACUUUGACACUUUCUACAAAUAUUGAUGGAAAGAAUUUUGGAUCUGGUGGACAUAAGAUUGGUCUUGCAUUAGAUCUUCAAGCUUAAAUAUCAUUACAGACACAAAAGGACUUGAUUCACUUUAAGGAUCAUUUUAUGAUCUUUGUGUCAUAAAACAGUAUCACAUUACAUGCUUCAGAUAAAAUAUUGCCUAUAACAUAAAUAGGUUUAUCCCAAAAUAGAUGCCACAUAUAAUAUGUAUGAAAACGGUAUGGUAACAAUAUCUUAUCAUGAACAAUACGAUUUAUAAAUUCUUAAAUGAAAUAGAAGUGUAUUAUUUUUUGUGUAUAA